AUGGAGACAUAUUUUGGCCCGUCUGUAUCUUCUGGUGCUGUGAGGUGGUUCAGCAGUGGCGCUAAGCACUCAAGAAAACCUGACUUUUCUGUUGCUAACCAGAUUAAGGUGAUGGAUUGGUAUUCUGCAGUUAAUGAUGUGUCAAAGAUCAGAAGGUUGCCCCUUUCACGCCGUAUGGACACUAAUUGGUUGAUUGCUUCAAAGUCCAGACAUGGUGCAUUGCCAGGAUUCUUAGGUGUUUCAAGCUUCCAUCGUGGAUACUCCUCAGAUACUGGAAUCAAGCCAGAAGCUUCACAGAGUGCUGUCUCUAAUCUUCCUUCUACAGAAAGCUCUGAGGUUGGCACUGCAGGUGGUGGUGGGGGUUCAUGGAUUGAGAUCUUGGAUAAUGCUCGCAAGUCUACUGUAGAUGCUACCACUGAUGCAGGCAAGAAAGUCAAGGAGCUGACUGAUGCAGUUGCACCUCAUGUCCAGCAGCUAUUUGAUACAUAUCCAAAUCUUGAAAAGGUAGUUCUUCCACUUGGCGGAACACUAUGUGGUACAAUGAUGGCAUGGUUGGUCAUGCCUAUCAUUCUAAGGAGGCUUCACAAGUAUGCAUCACAACGUCCUAUAGCAGCACUUCUGGGGAACUCAACCAAGAAUGAUGUUUCGUACCAAACUAGUCUCUGGUGUGCAUUAGAGGAUCCUGCAAAAUAUCUUAUCACAUUCAUGGCAUUUUCAGAAAUGGCCACACUUAUUGCACCAAGCAUAUCAACUUAUCUUCCGCAGGCAUGGAGGGGUGCAUUUGUUCUGUCUUUUGUAUGGUUCCUUCAGAGGUGGAAAACCAACUUCAUUGCUAAAGCUAUGGCUAAACCAGAUGCCUCAAGUGUUGACCGCGACAGGAUUUCAGCAUUUGAUAAGGUUUCUUCAUUGGGACUGAUUGGACUAGGAGUAAUGGGUCUUGCUGAAGCUUGUGGUGUAGCUGUUCAAUCUAUAUUAACUGUUGGUGGUGUGGGAGGUGUUGCUACUGCUUUUGCUGCUAGAGAUGUCCUUGGUAACAUUCUGAGUGGGUUCUCCUUGCAAUUUUCUAAGCCAUUCUCAGUCAACGACUACAUAAAGAUGAUAAUUUGUGCCAUGACUCGCAAGUACUGUGAGAUUCUCAAGCAAUUACUUGUGGGAUACUGGAGUAAAAAGAUGUGUUGUAAUUUGUAA